AAAAGGGGUUCUUGAAAAGGCUCCGAUAUACAAUACCGUUUUCUGUACAAGCACGUACCUGUACGUGGUGUAUACAUUGUGUAUGUGCACAAGCAGAUUUUCAAGAGCGCUCGUACGUAGUACGUUGUAUAUGGAGGCUGUCGGGAAUGCCAUGGUUGAAUAAAGAACAACAAACCACCGUCUCGCACUUUGAAAGAAAACUAUUUGAAUAGACAGUCUAGAUAUAUAUACACCCCUGACAAAACAAAGAAAGUAAACCGAAAAUGCACCGAAAAUCACCGGGCAUGAUGUAUUUCCGUGUUGACUGCGAACAGGAAAUACUAUUAUACCCGAACUAUAGCCAUAUGUGAUGAUAUCACACCGUUGCCAAAUGCUAUUGAAAGUGAUACAGAAGUUUGGUGCGAUUGGACUUUACAACAUCUCGGACAUGAAUUUAGGAAUUUGGUAUACCAGAUGAACCAAUGUGUUCCAAGUCACUGCAACAAAGCAUUUUCCUUCACAAUGAAAUCGCUUGACCUUAUAUGACUGCCAUUGACUGAGAUUGAGCUGUUGUGGAAACAUGGCUUCCGUCGAGAGGUUUACCGUACUCAUAACAUUAGUUCUUGUGGCACAUUGCGGGGAACACAUCGUCAAUGGUGUGAUAUCAGAUGUACGUCUUGUUGAUGGUCCAACGUCCAAUAAAGGUACGGUUGAGAUCAGGCAAAACAACGGGACAUGGGAGACAACGUGUGGAAUAAACCUUGGUAUCAAUGACGUCAUUGUCAUCUGCAGACAGUUGGGAUUCGCAAGAGCGAACAUAGCAAUAACAGACACACCGUAUGGACAGAAUUCAACUCCCACCGGAGGGCUGCAAUGUAAUGGUGAUGAAGAUAAUUUGGCUGGGUGUACGUUGGUUUCCAAUGGAAUGUGUUCAACAGCAGGAGCAGCUUCGUGUCAUGGUGAAGGCUAUCUUGGAUGUUUUGUGGAUGUAAUUGCUGAUCGAGUUUUAUCCGGCAAUAAUUUAGUUACCGAUCCAGAUAUGACCAUUUCCUAUUGCAUCCAGUAUUGUAACGAGUCAACCACAGCUAACUACGUAUACGCUGGAGUUGAAAAUAGAAAUGAAUGCUACUGUGGUGAGGCGAGUGAUAACUAUUCUAAAUAUGGAGUGGGAACAGAUGCUAACUGUCAGACUCCUUGUUCAGGAGACCCUACCGAGAGCUGUGGUGGCUCAGGAUAUAUAGCAGUCUUCAGAGUUAAUAUUCAGUCUCCAACGACUCCAGGAGUGGGGUCAACAGACUCCAUGCAGAUAAUGACGCUCAGCCCAGCAUCAGCAUCAGCAUCAGCAUCCCCGCCAGUAAUGACUACUAUGGGUACAUCACAAGUUCCCCCUAGGAAUGGAGAUAACCAAAAUAAUACAGGAUUAUAUGCAGGCGUUGCCGGGGGUGUGGUUGCCAUCGUCAUCAUCGUCGUCAUCGUCAUCGUUGUGGUGCUUUUGAUGAGAAAAAGAUCGCGAAGGCAACAGAAAGACGGAUUGCAGUCACACGAUAUGACAGUGAUGCAGCCUGCCAGCCCAAAUGGCACGCAGGAUAAUCUUUACCAUGACAUGUUCCAAGACAACUCCGACGAAACACCACACGGUUUGCAGUUGCCUGAUCCCCCUACGGACGGCGAUGUUACCUACUACUCAUCGGUUAGGGACCAUGCACUUCCUGAAGGUGAUGCUACAUCCUAUUCGUCAGUGAAAGACCAGAAAUCGAAGAAUACAGAUUCGAAACUGAAUAACACGAUGCCUUCAGAUCAGAAUGACGGGUUCCCAGAAAAACGAGUAUCCCGACCCCCACCCAAUGGCGAUGUUGAGGCGAUGUACGCUAUGCCGGACAAGCCAAGGAAAAGCCAGGGAGAAGAGGAUUUUGGUUCGCUUUACGCAAAACCUGACAAAACUGGGAAAGGUGGCGAUGGACAGGGUUCGGAAGACUUCGGCGCCCUAUACGCGAUGCCCGACAAAAGCCGAGGAGUUCCGGAAGGUCGCGAAGACGUGAACCAAGUUGGACCGGAGAGUGAGGGUAACAGUGGGGAAGGGUUAUACUCAUUAGCGGAUGAUGAUACGGGACUUUAUGCCAUGUCCACUGCACCAGGGCAUACCGUCAGCAAUGACGACAAUGAAUAUGGAACUGUCAUGGUUGAUAAUGAACUAUAUGCAAUGUAACCACGUGCUGUUAUGAUAACCUAUGGCCUGUUUUAUGUUAAAAAGAAUCAUUGUUGAUGAACUACUUACUUCGCCCAUUUUUCUAUAGGUAAAAAGAGUUUUUGGGAAUGAGUGUGUUUAUUGUUUGUGUAUGCGUGUGUACGUGUAUAAGCGUAUAACGGACAGAACGAGAAAGAGAGACGAGAAAGAGAAAGAGAGGGGGAGGGGGCGGAGGAAGAAGAGGAGGAACUGAAUAUGAUUCCAUUUCGUCUUUGGAUUAUAUUUGUCUUUAGCAAUGACUCACGUAUAUGUGUAAGGUCUGUACUAUUCACAAGGUACAUAAAUAUAUAUGCGGGAAUUAUACGCUUACAAUGUUUUGAUGACCUUUUUUUAUGAUCUUUUUUUUUUGUCAUUUAUUUUUAAUAAGUUGGAAGCAAAUAUAUUUAGGCCAGCACAUUAUAUAUUUUAUUAACAAAUUAUUGUAACGUUUUGUAUUAUCUUGAUGAUGGAAUCUUAUAUUAUGGUGCUAUUAUACUGAAUCGGAUAAAUGCAGAAAUCCACCUGAUUUUAGUUUACAUUUCAUGAUCACAAUUCAUGACACUUGUUUUUAUGCAGUAAAAUAAACAACUCAUUAUGGAUAACAUGUAUAUACACAUGACAGAUGUUGGGUUUUUGUUAUAGGCGAUUUUAAACGAUCGUGUCAAAUGUUACCCCUUCUAAUUUUAUAUAUUUUCUUAUAAAUCUCAAUUGUUACACUUUAGGCAAAUUAACGAUAAUUCAAUGUAAAAAACGGGAACAUAAAAUAGCGCCCCCACGAGUCAAUAUAUAUAUAUAUAAAUAUCGUUAUGAAUCUUAGAAGUUACGUUUAAGGGUUGUUAAGGAUACUUUAGAUUUAAAAUUUUACAUGCGUUAUAAUAUGGUCAUAGAAUAUUUGUUAAGAUGAUCUUUUUAAGAUCAUCACUUUGCUUGUAAAUCUCAAAUAUAUUCUUAACUUUAAUAACCAAACGAUCUCUUUAAGAUGAUCACUUUGCUCGUAAAUUCCAAAUAUAUUCUAUAUUAAAAUUUAAAUCCUAAGCUUUCGAAGACUUUUUUUUAAUUCUUAAAUUUAUCUUUUGUUGACCAAAUUCAAGUCACGGUAAACUAGACUCUUUGUAAUAUACUGUCGCCCAUAAAUUUGUAGUAAUAUAUUUCUUGCCCUUUUUAUGAAGUGAUUGUGACAUUAUGGUUUAAUUCUGAUAGAUAAAGUUUAUAAAUAUCUUAUGAUAACUUUAUUGAUUAUUGAGUAAUGAAGAUUGAUCCACAAAGCUCUGACAGGUGUAAAACUUUAUCAGAAAUAAAACCAUAUUGUCACAUUCAUUACAUGGGAAGAGGUUAGAAAACAUAUUCUUUCUUUAUGAGCAACGGUGUAAUUAAAGGAUACCCCCUGUGUAAUACUUUCGAAGUUUUCUCAUCGUUUUUUUAAAAUAUUUUUAUUUAAAAAAAAGUCUUUUAAACUCUUACAUGGUAUCGUUGAGUUCAUAUCUUGGUUAUUUAUUGAGGACGGGACAUAAAUACGGCUAAUUUCAUGGUCCUCUAGUAUAUGAUUCCUCAUUGCAUAUGAAGACAUUUCUUUAAGAAUCAUUUUCGGUUAAUAUAGAUGUAUGUGUGCUUAGCCAGAACAAUUCCUGUUCAAUUGGUACUCUAUUAUAUUAAAACUUUGCUCAAUAAAGUUUUGAUUUGUUUUGUAAUCUAGGAUUCCAUUAUGAAGAAAGAUGUUAGCGGGGCUCACCGUUACACCAUGUACACUUUCGAUAGUGGUUAGCCUGCCGUGAUGAGGGCUUUUACAUUCUCGGAAGAAUUCGUGAUGUAACCGCAACCUCGCCCACUCUUUCUUUUUAACAUGGGCAUCUCAUUUAAUUUUGCAUAUUACUUUCCAGUCAACAUUGUUAUAAUCCAUUAAAAUAUGCAUGUAAAAUAA